ACUUCUUUCGCUCCAGUUGUCUCUUGCACUGCGGCGCUUUCCGUUUCUUUGAUUUGCUCUUGGUCUUUGAAACGCUUUCCUGCAUUUCUAGCAUUUGCGCUUUGCGACUUUCUUUCUGUUCUCUCUGUUCUCGACGUUAUCGUCAAACAACCAUCGUGAUGAUUCGGUCUCGGCGCACUCUGCUGCAUAACGCAGCAGUCGCUUGCUUUGUCGCUGCAGCUUUGCUGGCGGCUGCGACUAGCACCCAGGCGGCGUACUCGACCGCCUCCCAGAAAAAGAUGCCCACUGCUACGACCCGCGCCAUGUGGGUUUGGGAAUCAUGGCCGACCCUGCGCGUCAAGGCCAACGUGGCGCCGUUCCUGGACUUUUUCCAGAAGCCGUUCGGCCACACCGAGUACGCCUACAAUCGCAUUCUCCUGUCUCCUGGCGCGGCAGCGCUCACCUCAGACCAAGCUGCGCUGCGGUACUUUAUCUCUCAGGCACACCUCCGCGGCAUUGCUGUCGAGUACCUCGAUGGCCAGAACACUUGGGCCCAGGAUAGCGACAAGGCCGUCGCCAAGGCGCUGUGCAACACGGUUCUGAGCUUUAACACUGGCACGACGACGCAGGACGACGACUUUGACGGCAUCCACCUCGACAUUGAGCCGCACACGCUGGGUGCCAUUUGGCGCCAGAACACGGGCGCUGGCAAGGACCGCUACAACGACAACCUCGAGGACAACACCAUGGAGGUCUAUGCUUCCUGCCGUGCCAGCAUUAACGCGCAGGAUCCCAAGGUCACGCUUGCCGGCGACUUUGGCGACGACUACAGCUACUACGUGACGGAUCUCUGGGGCGCCAUCAUGUCCCAGAAGGUCCACGACUACGUCGCCAUCAUGAACUACUACGACACCCAAGCCAGCUUCAUCAGUGGCAAUGCCGGCGUCGGCGGCCUGGUUCAGAACUUGGCCAACGCGAAAAUCCCGGUUCUCUUUGGAGCGGAGACCAUCAUGCCCCCGUACGCUCCCGACGAGUCGUCAUUCUGGCAGGAGGGCUAUGGUCACAUCGAAAAGCUGUUCCAGAACGUCUAUCCCACGUACCGCAGCUCUGCCAACUUUGCAGGCUUUGCCACCCAUCACUACAACUCUUACAAGCUGAUGUCGUACGACUUGGUUGGAACGCUCGGCAAGGAGGCCUUCCCCGGAGGUGCCCCGUACGGUUCUGGCUCUGGCACUGGCUCGGGCUCUGGCACUGGCACUGGUACUGGCACUGGCACCGGCACUGGCACCGGCACUGGCACCGGCACUGGCUCGGGCUCGGGCUCUGGCUCUGGUACCGGUUCCGGUACUGGCACUGGUGGCGGCGGUGUUGUCCUUCCAGGUGUCCGCUCGUGCCAGCUCGUGAACAACCAACUCAUCGUCUCCAACCUCGCAUCCAAUGUCAAGUGUGUUCAACGCGACGACACCUACGAAGCUGCCGGUCCUGACGCAAGCGGCAAGACUGUGUUCAAGAAUGUGCCCAAGCUUUGCAACGUUGAGCUCUACAGCUCGUUGGACGGCAGCAAAGACUGCUCCGGCUACUUGGGCAACAUUGACUGCGUGGUCGGCAGCGGCGAAGUCGAGCCUGGCAAACCUUCCAGCACACCCGGAGCCGUCAAGCCAGGCAAGCCAACGAGCACUGCUGGUGCUGUCAAGCCGGGCAAGCCAACCACGACCGCCAAGCCCCCGCCUGCGCAAGCCACCUCCAGCAUCAAGCCGGGCAAAACUUCGUCCGCUCCCCCGCCUGUUGUCAGGCCCGGUAGCAAGCUUAUGCCCAAUGGUGCUACUACCCGCGCCAUGUGGGUUUGGGAGCUCUGGCCCACCCUGAAGCAACAAGCCAACGUCGCUCCCUUCGUCGCAUGGCUCCAGGCUCCUCACGACGACCCUUCCCUUGCCUUCAACCGCAUCUUCCUUGAAGUCGAUACUACCGCGCUCACGGAUCCUGCUGGCGCACAGCAGCUUCGUUACCUGCUGACCGAGCUUCACAAGGUCGGAAUUGCCGUCGAGUUCCUUGGCGGCAACGCCCAGUGGGUCAUGACUGCCAACAAGGAGGUCCCCAAGCAGAUCUGCGACGACUUGAUUUCAUUCAAUCUUGGCACCACCGCUACGACUGACAACUUUGACGGCAUCCACCUUGACAUUGAGCCGCACACGCUUGGUGCAUCUUGGCGUCAAAACACGGGCGCCGGCAAGGACAACUACAACGACGAGUACCAGAACAACUACGUUGAGAUUUACUCGUACUGCACUGCUGCUGCCGCCGCUCGCAACCCUGCUCUGACGGUUGCCGCUGACAUUGGCGCCGACUACGCCCAGUAUGUGACUGACUUGUGGAAUGCUGUCCAAGCUGGCGGCGUCAUGGACUACAUUGGCAUCAUGAACUACUACGACACCCAAGAUCGCUUCGUCAACGGCGAGGACGGCAUCGGCGGUGUGGUCAAAAACCUGGCUCUUGCCUCCAAGGUUCCGCUUGUCUUUGGCGCCGAGACCAUCAUGACUCCGUUUGCUCCGCCUGCCGCUUCGUUCUGGCAGGAGGGCUAUGGCUACCUCGAGCUCAUGUUUGACAAUGUGAGACCCAUGUUUGCGGACAACCCGAACUUUGGCGGCCUUGCCAUUCACCACUACGACUCGUACGAGAUGCUGCCCUACGACCUGCUUGGCACGCUGACUGGCGAGGAGGUUUCGACCGGCACCCCCAAGUGCGAGUACAUCAAUGGCCAGAUCAUUGUGUCCAAUCUUGCCAAGACUGUCCAAUGCGUUCAGCGCGAGGACACGUACGAUGCUCUGACUCCCGACAGCAACAACCAGGUUGUGUUCACCAACGUGCCCAAGCUCAUCAACGUCGAGACGUACUUUACGAUGAACGGUGAACGAGACUGCUCUGUCUACCUUGGCAACAUUGACUGUACCGUCGGCUCUAGCGACGGCUCGGAACCGGCACCCACUUGCGACGCUUGCGUCCAUGGGUCUUGCGUGAACGGCAAGUGCUCAUGCCAGUCCGGCUACACUGGCAAGGACUGCAGCACCCCCGUCGUGGCACCUUGCGUGUGCUCCUACGAGCAGACCGCGCCAGAGCUGGCUGCCCCGCUCCGACGCCGCGAAGAAGGCGGUCGAUACACGUAUGCGCGCCGCAAUGCGGCCGUGUACUCUGCUCCUGGCAGCGCGACAUACGAUUCCUCGACUGGCGAUGGCUCUGACAAUGGUUUGAUUAUCGCUGCCGUAACCGGCUGGGGUGUUGCAUCCGUUGGCGUCAUUUAUGCCAGCGUCAUGGCUUUCAAGAAGAAGCAGGCUGUCCAGCGCGUUCGCAAGGCGAGCAUUCAAGCUCAGAGUGCCUACCGUCCCGUCUCGUCCCGUCGUGACUCGCUUGCUAGCAUCCCAGAGGCCGAUCCCAUGGCGAUGGCGGACGAUUCCGACUUUACCGCACUCCGUCGCUCGUCAACCGUGUAAAGCGAGUUCUAGCCUCCAAGUCCCCUGUGGAAGUGUUUUGUACUAGUAUGUGUAGUUUUAUCUUCUCACAAAAAUGCCCUGCAUGAUGCAUGAGGUGCGCUUGGCUUGCUGUAUGUGGGUUUUCACAUAUCGGUUUUGCUCGGAAACGAAAUUGCACGCUGAUUUACGUUGACGACAAAGUCACCAGUUUAUGUAUAAAAUAAAAAUGAAUUCAAAACAGUA